AUGUAUGAUCUGAUUAAUGAUUUGGCUCAAUCAGUUGCCAAAGAUAUAUGCUUCAGAGUGGAGGGUGACAAGGCAUUGAACGUUUCCAGUCAUGCUCGGCAUUCAUCUUACAUUGAUGGCAGGAAAGACGGAAUUAAAAAUUUAAAAGUCUUUAACGGAAAGAAGGGUUUAAGAACCUUCCUACCGUUGAAGAUGCCUGGAGGUUGGUGGAAUUUCUCUAAUCAAGUUGUCAGUGAGUUGUUGCCAGAAUUUAAAUACUUGAGGGUGUUAUCUUUACGAGGGUGCUACCUAACGGAGUCUCCCAAUAUUAUUGGAGAUUUGGUGCAUCUGCGUGCACGUUCGAUAAAAAUGAUGCCAAUGGGAAUCGGUGAACUAACCAAUCUUCAAACAUUGACAAAUUUUGUUGUGAGUCAAGACAAUGGCCGUAAGAUAAGGGAGAUGGAGAAUUUGUCUAAUCUUAAGGGUGGACUUGUUAUUUCAGAAUUGCAGAAUGUUGUCAAAACUCAAGAUGCAUGGGUGGCUGGGUUAUGUCGUAAGUCGAACCUUCGUGAUUUAGGUUUGAAGUGGAGUUAUAAUUUUGCAGGAGAAGAAAUUCACAAGGACGUGUUGGAUUCACUCCAACCUGCUAAAAUGCUUGAAAGGCUCACCAUCGAAUGUUAUGGAGGUGAAACAUUCCCAAAUUGGAUUGGAGAUCCUUCAUUUGAAAACCUAUCGAUUCUGGAUCUGGAUUACUGUCCAAAUUGCACAUUAUUACCAGCUGUUGGAAGAUUACUGUCGCUAAAAUCGCUUUCUAUCCGGAGGAUGAGUAAGGUAAAAAAUGUGGGUGCUAAUUUUUUUGGAAAGGAUCUGUCGAUUAAUGCAUUUCCGUCACUAGAGAGAUUAUGUUUUGAUGGCAUGCCAGAAUGGGAGGAAUGGGAUCCCUGUGAAGUUGAUGAAAAUGUAAGGAGUUUCCAACACCUCCAUGAGCUCAUCAUUUCAAAUUGCCCCAAGUUGUUAGGAAGUUUACCUAAUCGUCUUCCUUCCUUGACUAAGCUAGAGAUUAAAUUGUGUCAACAACUGAGAAGUCUACCUAGUUGUCUUCCUUCAUUGGAGAAACUUGUGAUUCAACAAUGUGAGCAGUUGGCAGUUUCACUCUCAAGCCUUCCGAAGUUGUCUGACUUAAAAAUUGAUGGUUGCCAAGAGGUGGUGUCUACUAAUUGUACAAAUUCUGGCUCAUUCAUGGAAACAGUCUCUCUUUCAAACAUUUCAAAAUUCACUUCUCCAAUGGAGGGGAUGAUGUUAGGGUUGAUAAAAGUAGAACAUCUUUUUAUAAGUGGAUAUGAGGAGCUAAUUUCUUCAUGGCUGAACCAGGAAAGACUCUCAACACAUUUGAGGCCUCUUCGCUUUUUGGAGAUUCACAAUUGUUCAAGACUUGUUUCCAUAGGUGCAGAGGACGAGAAGGAAGAGCAUAUGCAAUUAGGAAUCCCUCGUCAUAUUGAACAUUUGACCAUACAAUAUUGUGAAAGGCUAGAAAGGCUAUCAGAAAGCAUACAUAGCUGCAGAUCCCUUACGAAGCUACGAAUUGAAGGAUGCCCAAGAUUGAUUUCAAUUUCAAAUGGAAACUUGCCACCAAAUGUAAGACGUUUAACCAUUAUGCUGUGUGAGAAUUUGCUGUACUUGCUGGAUGGAGUAAACAACAACAUCUACUGCACGCGUCUUCUAGAGCACUUGGUAAUUGGAGGUUGCAAGUCUCUGAUAUCUUUAUCCUCAAGGGGCGAGUUACCUGUUAGUCUUCAACAUGUUGACAUUUAUUCUUGUGAAAAGUUGACAUCCUUGUCAGCCAAUGGCAAGUUACCCAUGGGGCUUAAAUCCCUCCGGAUUAAUUAUUGCCCAGCACUAGAGUCCAUAGCUCAAGAUAUUGAACAGAACUCUUCCCUUGAAUUGAUAACUAUCGACGGUUGCGAUCAUUUGAAUUCUUUGCCUCGUGGAUUAAACAAGCUCAACCAUCUUGGGGAGAUUCUUAUUGGGCGUUGUUCGAGUUUGAUUUCAUUCCCAGGAAGUGUGUUAUUAACCACCAAACUCAGAAAGCUUCAUCUUUCUGGGUGUGAAAAACUCCAGGCCUUACCCAACUGCAUCCACAACAUCGUCUCUAUGCGAGAAUUGUUCAUAUUUGAGUGUCCAAGUGUGAUAUCAUUUCCACAAGAGGGGUUCCCUCCCAAUCUCACUGCACUUCAAAUCUGGCAACCCAAUAUUUGCAAAUCAGUGAUCGAGUGGGGUUUGCACAAACUAACCUCCCUUAAACAUUUGUCCAUCAACGGUGCUUCUCUAGAUGUGGUGUCAUUCCCAUGUGAGGAAAUGCUUCUGCCCCGCACUCUCACCUCCCUCACCAUCUGCGGUUUUCCAAACCUAGAAACUCUAUCCUCCAAGGGCUUUCAAAAUCUCAAGUCUCUUGAAUCAUUGGGCAUCCAUAGUUGUCCCAAGCUCAAAUUCCUUCCGGAAAAGGAGAUGUUUGACUCACUUUUGCAACUCGAAAUUUCUAGAUGUCCAUUGCUAGAAGAACGAUGCAAGAAAGAUGGAGUUUCAGUCAGUUGGAAGUUGCAGAGGCCAGUUAGUAGUGCCUUUAUAGGAGCACACAAAGUGGUUUGCAAAAGCAGAUGGAAAGACCUGAAAAAGAUGAAUGCUGUUUACUUAGCAGAAGUAUGGAUUGCCUUCACUGCUGUCAAAUUGACCAUAUGGCCGCCUGAAUGA